AUGAAUGGCCGUAAUAUGCAUAGCUAUUAUUUGGAUAAAAUUCAAAAAAAUGUUAAUCAAAUAAAGAGGUGUAAUAACAUGAGUUUAUUGAGAAACAUAAAUGAAAGAAGUUAUAAUUUAAAUAAUAACAAAAUUACAAAUUAUGUAGAUAUAAAAGAAAGCAAUCCAAACAAUGCAACAAAUGGAUUUUCUAAUGAAUAUACCUACAAUCAAAAUAUAAACUCAGUAUUAAAUAGAGGAAAAUAUAUCAUAAAUAAUAAUGGUCAUAUAAAAGAAGACAUCAAUGCAAAUUAUGAUUAUAAUAGUUAUGUUAAUAAAUGUAAAAAUUUUCCUGAUAAAAUAGCUUCAGAAAAUAGCCAUUAUAAUUAUGAUACAAUAAGAACCGAGACAAACAAUAAUUUAAAGGAUCUAAGAAAUGAUCAAUAUUCUUAUAAUAAUUCUAAGGCAGUAUAUGAUCAAAAUAAGGGGGUAAUAAUAAACAAUCCAUGUUAUUCUAAAAUAAAAGACUGUAAUAAAAUAUAUUUAGAUAAUAUUAAUGAAACAGUUAAUGAAAACAACCAUAUGUUUGAAAAUUACCACAAUGGGCAUAUUCGCAUGAAUGCUAGCGUUUUAUGCCCUAGCCAUUUAAAAAAUAAUAGUAUUAAACAAGCUCAUAAUCAAAAUGAGUUGAAACAAAAUAAUAAUAUGGAAAUGGUUUAUGAUGGCUAUUAUAAUAAUAAUGAUCGGAUUUAUAUGAACGACAAUAUAUAUAAUAAAAAUUUGAAUUACAAAAUUCAUGGUGAUUUCAUUAAUAUAAAAAAUAAUAUAAAUGAUAGUAAAGCUGUUCAAUAUAUGCCUGUAUAUUUGCCUCAUAAUGAAAAAAUGAAUAAAGAAUAUAAAUAUGGUUUAAGAACAGGUGACUAUUUGAAUCAAAAUAUACAAACCGGAAUUUACAAUAAUAAUAAUAAUUUGUGCACCAAUGUAGAAAAUAUUAAUCAUAUAUCUAAAAAUAUUUCAAGUUCUGAAACAAAUAAAAAUAAUUAUUUUACACAAGAACAUCCCUAUAUAGAAAAUGAUUUGAGACACCAUUUUGUGGAAGACAAUUAUAGUAGAUCAUUAAUAAAUAUAAAAAAUAAUAAUUGCAGUAAAUCAACUAAUAUAAAAAAGCAUAACAUAUAUAUUCCAAAUAAAGAAAGUGCACUAUUAAAUAAUUCGGAAAUAAAUAAUAUCAAUAUAGAAUCUCUUAAGAAAAAUAAUGGGGAUAAUAAUACACCUUCUGUAACAAAUAUAUACCAGCCAUUAGAAGAAACUGAAGAAUGUCAAAAUAAAUUAUAUUCACAUUUAAUUUAUAAAUCAAUCCCAAACUAUAACAAUAGUAGUAACAUCAAUUUAAAUGGAUUUGUAGAACCAACUCAAAUAGAUGCAGAUAAAAAAGAAAAUUUUACAAUCGAGCAUAAAGUAGUUCCCCAAAAUAAUUUACAAUAUAAUAUUAAACAUUGUUUUACGAAUAGCGAGACAAAUGGUAAUGUAUUAGAAACUAAUAAAUUUUUUCUAAAUUCAUUUCAAAGCGAAAGAGAAGUAGAGAAAAAACAAAAAAUAUUAUUACCACAGAAUGCAGAAGAUAAAAUGUGUAAAAUAAGUGAAAAUGAUAAUGAUAAUAAUAUUCGUUGUAAUUUUUUACCAACCAAUAUUAUAAAUUGUAUAUCAUUAAAUAAUAAUUCGAAAACAAAAAUUCAAAAUAAUAAAAGUAUAGAAAAUAACGGUCCUCGAAAUAUUGUAAAUUGUGCGUUGAACAAAGAUAUUGCAAUAAGUGAAAAGGAAUAUGGAAAUAAUUUUAAAACACAAGUUAAAAACUUAUUUAAAGAUGCACAAUGUGAAACCAAUUUGGAUGAGAAUUACGCUGAACAUUUAGAAAAAAAACAAGGAUGCUCUUUGAAUUUUUUAGGAAAUACCUACUCUGAAACACCUACAAUUAAAAAUGAAAAAGAUAAAGAAAUAAUAAAAGGUAACAAUAAUGGAGGGGAUGCGAAGAUACUUGAUGAAAUGCAAAUAAGUGGCUUUUGCCAAAUAAAGAGUGCUGAUAAUAAAAGUGAAGAAAAUAUCUUAGAAUGCAAUAUUUUCAAUACAUUGUGCAAUAAUGUAAGAAAAAAUUCAAAAUCAGAAAACUGUAAUAAUGUAAAAUAUGUAGAAAAUAAAAAAGGAGUUAAAAAAUCUGACGAAAAAAAUAAAACACCAGAUGUAUCAAGCAUUGACAAAAAUUCGGAUGUAAAUUUUCAUUAUGAGGAUCAUAUUUACAAAGGAUAUAAAUCACAUCAUAUAAUAGACAAUAAUAUUGAUAUAGACGAAAAAAAAAAACUAGAAAAAGAAUUAGAAUCAUAUUUUAUAAAAGAAGGGUUUUUAUCUCCAAAAAAUUCAAAUUUAGAAUAUAACGAUUUUAUGAGUGAAAAUAGUAGCAUAUAUAUUAAUGGAGAAUUACAAUCUGAUACAUCUAUAUAUUCGGACCAUACCAAAUCAUUUAAUACUGAAUAUAUUAAAAGGGAAAAUCGUGAAGCAUCUUCAAGCAGUGGUGAUAUAUUUGAAGAUAAUCGAAUUAAAGAAGUUUUUGAUGGCUUGACUGCUAAUAGGAGUUUAACAUGUUCCUUCUCAGCACAAACUGAUAUAAACAUAAUGAAAAAUGAUGGAAAUAAAAAUUUAAAUAACUAUUUAGAAAAUGAGAUAGAUAUUUCUUGCGUAGAUAAUACAUCUAAAUUUUCUAGUAAUGAAAAUAUGAUAUGUAAAAAAGAUUGUAAUAGCAACAUGAUUUGCUCUAAGAACAUUGAACAGGAAAAAAUAGACAGUAUAGAAUAUUUUUUUUCAAAAAAUAAGAAUUUAUUAUUUAUUGAUUUAUUAAAAUUGAAUAGCGACAGAAAAAAUAAUGCAGAAAAAAAAUAUAUUUCGUUUGAAGAUAAAUUAAAGGAUAAAUUGGAAUUGUUAAUGCAUAGAAAUUCCGAAAAAGAAAGAAAUAUUAUAGACAAGAUAAUUUAUUGUUUAGAUCCAUCUUAUAUAAAUAAUACAGUAAAUGAUAAAAAAAGAUGGAAAGAAAAAUUAAAAUAUAUGCAAGAGAAGUUUCUUGAAUCGAUAUUAUGUGUUUCUUAUCCUAACUGUAUGUGGAAUGAAAAUACAUUUGAAUUAUAUCUUAAAUCAUUAAAUUUUAAUUCUUUAUUGGAUGAUACAUUUAUAAAAUAUGAAAAAGAUUUAAAUAUAGAUUUAUUUCAAGAAGAAGAAGAAAUAUUUUCGGAUGCAGGAAAUAUCGGAGAAGGGGGUUUUGGGGUUGUGACAAAAAUGCGAUUUUUAUCGUUUCCUCAAUAUUAUGCAAUAAAAAAAAUAUCAAAAGAUCAUAUUAUAAAAUCACAAGCAGCUGGCCAAGCAUAUUUAGAAGCAAAAUAUCAUUCUGUUUUAAGUCAUGUAAAUGUUAUAAAAAUGUAUGGGUGCAUGCAAGAUGAUAAUUAUAUAUAUCAUGUUUUAGAGUAUUGCCCAAAGGGAAGUAUUUAUUCUAUAUCUAAAAAUUUCAAAAAAAGAAUUAUACCUGAAGAAUUAGCAUAUAAAUAUUUUUGUAAUGUAGUAAAUGGAUUAUAUUAUUUAAAUCAAAUGGGAAUAUUUCAUCGUGACAUAAAAAUGGAAAAUGUUUUAGUAGAUCAUAAAGAUAAUGCUAAAUUGUCUGAUUUUGGAUUAUCUGCUAUGAUAUUAGGGGAAAAAAGUCAUUCAUCUUUAUGUGGAACACUUGUAUAUUUUUCACCUGAAAUAAUUAAUGGUGAAGGAUAUGAUUGGAGAUCUGAUAUUUGGUCUUUGGGUAUAUUAUUAUAUGAAAUGCUAGUGGGGGAUGUUCCAUUUGAUGGUACAAAAACUCAAAUUGUUCAAUCUAUAUAUUCAUGUAAUUUAAAUUUUCCAAAUUUUAUUAAUCCAUUAGCAAUAAACUUAAUAAAAAAGGCUUUAGUAGUAGAUGUAAAUAAACGGAUAAAAUUAUCAGAAAUAGCAUCAGAUCCAUGGAUGCAAGAAAUGUGGAAAUUAACUUUUCAAAAAGGUUUAAUAGAAUCAAAUAAUAUAAUUAAUGAUGAUUCAUAUAAUUUCAAUUUUAUACACAACAUAAUAAAAACAGAGUGUCUUAUAAAAAAAAGUUUGAAUGCUUCCUUAAACUUCCAUAUCGAUUCAUGUAGUAAUAAUAAAUUGGAGAGUGUUUUCUCAAAUGAAAAAAUUGAAGCUCUUGAUUCUUUAAUUUUAGAAACCCAACAAAAAAUAGCGGAGUAUUUAGAUCUUGAUGAAUUAUAUAAUAAUGAAGAAACUCUUUCAAGUUUCGAAAAUUUUAGUACAACCAAAUCAGAAUAUUUACAAUCAUAUUCAAAUGAUCAAGCUAUUCAUACUGAGGAUAUAAAAAGUGAUGAAAUUGGGGAUAAUGAACAAUUAGAAGAAAGUAUAGAAUCGAGUAAAUUAGACAAUGAAAAUGAUUCUAAUGCAACUCAAAGAAAUAUAUAUGAUACUUCUAUGGAAUAUAUACAACAAUUGGCAAAUAAAAAUAGUAUGAAUAUCGAAAAUAAUAUAAAAACUGAGGAAAAUAUAAAUAUAGAAAAUUGUGAGCAAAUGAAAAAUAAAUUAGAAGUAACAUCAGAAAAUGAUUCAAUAGAAUAUGAAGCGACUAAUUCAGUUGAAAAUUUACCGACAAAUGAAGUAGAUGUUAUAUAUAAAAAUGAAUUUAAAGAUCCUCAAAUAAAUAAUAUUGAUAUAAGAAAUAUUUUAUCAGAAGAGGAAAAAAGAAAUAGCUCUGAAUAUAAAUAUAUUCGAAUGAAUGAUGUGGAUAUGAAAGAAAUGCUACCACAAGAGGAGAGGCCACAAUGUAGUGAUACAAAUAUGAACGGAAUGAAUAACCACCUAAGUAAUAAAAAUGAAAUAGAAAAAGAGCUUAUUAUUGAAAAUAAUGAAAUGAAUGAAGAUGAUAAAUGUGGAAAUGAUAAUACUAAUGUAAAAUUUAAACUGAACGGUAAUAGUUAUGAAUCUAUUUUGUGUAAUAUUUUGUUUAAGUUAAGAAAAUUAAAUAAAAAGAAAGAUAAUUCAAAUAUAAUGGAAGAAAUUGAUAAAUUGAAAUUGUCUCCUCAGGAAGAUGAAAGUGAAGGAUAUAAAAGUAUCAGUAAUACUAUUAAGGCUCGCUUAGAUUUAUCGAAAAAAAAAAUGUCAGAUUAUUUAGAAAGGCAAUAUAGUAUUAUCUCUGAAAAUAAAAAUGAAAGCGAAUUUUUGGAUAAAUCUAAAACACUCGAAAAUUCUGGAUUUGAAAAUGAUCAUAUAUUAUCUAAUGAGAAUGAAAAUAUAAUCAAUGUGGAAAAUGCUGAGGAGGGUGAGGUGCAUAAUAAUUCUCCUAUAGAUAAAGAAAACCAAAUAAAUUCUGAAGUUGGUAAAUUGUAUAUACCUAUUUCUGUUAUUAAAGGGGAAAAUAAAGAAGAAUCCAAAAAUGAAAAUAUCUCUUUCAAAAUAAACUUAAAAAUGGAGGAAACAAAUAUAGAGAAAGUGAUUAGUCAAAGUGAUAUUUCAGAAAGUGAUGAUAUAGAAGAAUUUAAUAGGUUAAUAAAAAGAACCCAAAAUAUAUUAAAACGUAAAAUGAUAAGUGAAAAAAAAGACGAAGAUGAUUUAGGUAAUGAUACAAAUGAUGCUACUAUUAAUCCUGAUAAUAAUAAUAAUAAAAUAAUUGAUGAUAAUUUAACAAAAUUCAUAAAUGAUCAUGAAAAUGAUACGAAGUUAGAAGAAAAAUGUGCAGCAACAUAUACUGUUCCAAAUUUAGGAAAGAAAUCUAUAAGCGAUAAAAAAAAAAAAAAUUAUUUUGAUAAUAAAAAAGACAAAAUGACAUUUAACAAAAAGGUAGAAAAAAAUUUAGAAAAAAAAUAUAAUGGGAAAUAUAAUAAAAAAAAUAUCAUUGAUUAUAAAAAAAAAUAUAACUAUAAAGAAAACCGUAAUGGAUCUAAGUUAUAUAUAAGUCGAAAAAACGUUGCAAUUGAAGAAGAAACUCAUAAUGAUUUAUUUAAUUUAGAUAAAGGUAGUCUUUAUGAUGAAUACAUAGAAAAAAUAAAUAAAUUAUAUCUGAAUUUAAAAAAUAAAAAACUUAUAUAUGAUAAUGAAAAGGAUAAAAAUACUGAAAAUUGUCAUAUUUUAACCAAAAAUAUAAGGGCAAGCUUGGAAAAUGAGAUCGAUAAUGAUUCAAAUGAAUUUAGCAAAGAAGACACAGAAAGAUCGAGCUUGAAUAACAUAGACAGACAAAAUAUUAAUGAAGUUAAAAAAAAUAAAUAUGAUAGCGAUAUUACUAAAGAAGAAAGUCUCAUCCUAAGCAAUACUAAUGAUAGUUCGAAGGAUAUCAAUAUUUUAGAUAAAGAAAUGGAUAAUAAUCGUUUUAAAGAAAAAAGAAUUAAUUUUUGUAAAAAAAGUAAUAUAUUAAAAAAAGAAAAAAAAAAUAUAACCCAAAAAUUAUGUGAUAAUAAAUUAAAUGAUAUUGAAAAUAAUAGAAAGGUAGAAUCAAAUAAUAAAUGUGUAGGAGGUGAUGAUAAAAAAGAGAGUUUAUUUUUUAAAUUGAAAAAAGAUAUUAUAAAUGGAAAUAUUAAAAGUUUGAAAACAAGAUUAACACCUGAUUUUGUAGACACUAAAAUAAAUAUAAAAAAAAAAAUUAAUUCUAAUAGUUCUGUGCAUAGAUAUAGUAGUGAAAAAAUUAACAAACAAGUUAGUAUUAACAGUGAUCAUAAUAAAAAAAGUGGAUGUAUUUCCGAUAAUAAUACUCUCGAUUAUUCUAUCUCUGACUAUUCAAGUGAUAGAAGUUUUUAUAAAAAGAAUAAAAUAAUGAGCAUACAAAAUAAUUCUAUAGAGAAAAAAAAUAUAAAAUCAAUGAAAUUCGUGGAUAAAUAUGAAAAAGAUAAAAGUGUGGUAAAUAUGAAAAAAUUAGAACAACCUGAAUAUGAUAUAAUUAAUGUUAAUAAUAAAUAUAAAACAGAAAGCUCAACUGAAAAUGUAAGCAAAUUUUCAAAAAAAAAAACAAAUUCGUUAGGUAUCUUAAAUUUUAAUAAUAAAGUAACUUUUAUGGCAAUGGAAAAUGAUAGUAAUGUUUUAAAUUCUUCGAAUUAUAUGAAUGAUAAUGAUAUCGAACGAAAUAGUAACUCCUCAAAUUUGAAAAAAAUUGAAAUACCGGAUGAAAUAUCAAAAAUGAAACAAAACAAAUUGAAAUAUUUAUUUAAUAAAGAAAAGACGGAAGAAGAAAAUAUUAUGAAACAAAUAAUAUAUGAUGAAAAAAAAAAAAAAAAUUGGGGAAAAAACUGUAUUAAAAAAUUUAGUUCUUAUGAACAUGUGAAAAAAAGUUAUAUUAAUAUAAGUUUAUCUGAAAUAACAUCUAGAGCAAAAGAUAAUAUUAAACAUGUUAGUGAAAGAAACAAAAAUUUAGUAAAAAAUGUGAAAGAUGAUUUAAUAUAUAAAAAAAAGUCUAUUGUUAAUAAAAAAGAUGAUAUUAAUAAUAAGAAUAAAACUAAAAUCAAUGAUAAUAAAAAUUGUUAUUCUACGUUAACCAAAAUAGAUGCAUCAGUACAAAAUUAUUUUAACAAUGAGAUGAAUAUUUCUAAAAAGGAAAAAAUAAUGAGUGAAGAAAAUGAUAAUGCUAGUAUAAAAGAGAAAAGUAAAGAUAAAGAAAAAUUUGAUUCAUGCGUGCAAAAUGAUGAAGUUUUAAAAAAAUAUAUUAAAAAAAAUGUUUUAAAAAAAAUUAGUAACAAUAGUAUUCCAUUAAUAAAUAAGAGUAAAGAGACACAUGUAGAAGAAAUGAUGAAAAAAAAUAAACAGAAUGACUCACUAAAAUAUUUAAGGAAUAUUGGAAUAAAAAAGACAAGCAAUGAAACACUAAAGAGAUCAAACAGUUUCCAAUUAAAUUUAAAAAAAAACUCUUCUUAUGAUGAUAUAAAAUAUAAAAGUGUAAUAAAAACAUGUUCUAUGGAAAGUGCUUUAAAAAAAACGAUCUCAAAUGAUAUGGGAGAAAACACAAAAAGAAACAAAAAAAAUAAUGAUAAUAUACUAUUAAACGGUAAAAAAAUAUUUUCAACAACGUAUGAAGAAUCUGCAAGAGGAGAAGAAAAUGAUUGCCUAUCUAAUAAUGAAAUAAAAAAAAAUGGAAAUUCUUAUCAAAGUAAUAAAAAUAUUUUAUUUGCAAAUAACUUAAAGAAUUCGAAAAUAAAAGAAUAUUUAAAAAGUAAAAUAGAUCAAAUAAAAAAUAAAAAAGAAUAUAAUCCAUCAUUUAAUUGUAUUGAAAAAAGUAAAGAUAAUGAAAGUAACGUACUUAAUAGUGUUAAUAUAAAGAAAUCAUAUUCAUAUGUUAAUAGGGUAAAUCAAAAUUCUUACCAAAAUAAUAAAAUAGACACACAUUUAAAAAAAGGAAACAGAUCGGCAAGUGAGACAUUCUUAAACAAUUCUAUUAAUAAUUGUAAUAAUAAACAAAAUAACGAAUUAAAAAUUAAACGAACUAUAUCAACAAGUGAAUUAUAUAAAACGGGAAAAAAAACUGUACAUCAAACAAAUGCAAAUAAUUCAAAAAAAAAUAAAGUAAAAUAUGGAUUUUCAAGAAGUAAGAGUGAAAUUGUAAAAUCUUUUAACAAAACAUCACCACCAAGUUUUUCUUUAUUAUUUGACACUAACACUAUAAGCGAAAAAAAAAAAGGCCCUAGAGCAAAUUCCAUAAAUAAUCCUAUUCCUAAUAAUAGAAAUAAUGAUGAUGAAGUGGGUAAAAAAGUCAAAGGAACCAAUACUAUAAUACAUAAUAAGUUUAAGGGAAAAAAUAAUGAACAGAUGGAAAAGAUAAGAACUCGAACAUAUACAAAUAUAUAUUCACACAAAAAAAUAAAUCUUUCUAAUGUUAAAAGUAAAAUAGAUACAAAUAUUUUUAAAAAGCCUAAAAAUGUAUUAGCUCAAAAUUCCGUAGAAGAAAAUACCAAAGUUGAUAAUAAAGGAUCAUAUGAAUGCAAUACAAAAAAAGAGGAAAUUGACACUCCCCAAAAAAAUAAUAAUAUACCUGAAAAGGCACAUACUAAUAUAUUAAGUUAUAAUAAAAAAAUAUGUUCAAAACAAAAUUCUUAUAAUAAUACUCAUAUAAAUGAUAAAUUAAAAAAACAUAAUUCUUUAAAUAAAAAUUUAGGCUCUAUGAACAAUAUUAAUUUUGGAUUUAAAGAAAGACAAUUUAAUCAAUUAGAAGUAAAUGACUCAGAAAAUAUGAACAAUGGUUUUUCAAAACAAAAAGAACAUACAAAAAAAAAAAAUAUUACCAAUUUAAUUAAUACGAAAUAUGAUGACGACUUGCAAAAAAAAUUCUUAAAUUUGAAUAAUAAUAAAAAUAGGGAAAUUGAUACUAAAUACGAUAAAUCGAAGGAAAAUAAUGAAAUUCCUAAAUCUUCUACACCUAAAAUUAAUGAUAUAGGUAUGAAUACAAACUCUAGAAACAGUAAAAAUGAUGAAGGAAACAAAAACAAAGAACCGAAUUAUACAGACAUAAUUGCCAAUUGCAACUUAAUUAGUAGUUGUAAAAAUAAAGCACAUAAUGAUAAUAAAAAAGAUGAAGUAAUGAAAAGUGAUAAAAAAAAUGAUAUACUUAAUUUUUUAAAAGUUAAUUACAAUAAUUGUUUAUUUGAAGUGAAAAGAGAAAAAGAAUCUAUACAUAAAAGUGUUGUAGAACAAGAAAAUAUAUGUGAUAAAAAAGAAACGCCAAAUGUAAAAAAAAAAUGUAUUAAUAAUUUUUCAUUCAAUAAUUUAAACUGUUUUAUGACUAGUUCUGAAAUAGAAAAAGAAGAUAAUGUUUACGAAGGCGAUCAACCAAAUAAUCAUAUAGAAAGAGAUGUAGUAAUAAGAAGAGAUAUUUCUAAAAAUAGAAAUUAUACAUAUAAUGGGUUAUUUAAUAGUGAUAAAAAUGUUAAAAUGUCUGAUGAUAAAAAAAAAAAAUAUUCACAAAAAUCAGCUUCCACUACAUUGAGAGCUUAUGAAAGAUAUAAACAUGAUGUAAAUAGAUUAAUAAAGGGAAAAAUGUAUAUUGAUGUUUAUACAGACAAGGAUAAAAAUAAUACUACUAAAGAUAGCAGUAAUAAUAAAAUUUGUAAAAACUCAGCUCAACUAGAAAGCGAACAACAUCCAAAGCAUAAUAGUAACAAUAAUGGGGUUUUUCCUAGUAAAAUUUUAUUAUCAUGCUCAUCUUUUAAAUCUUUUUACACAGAUGAAACAAUUCAAAAGCAUGAAAAUGAUACUAUCAGUAAUAAAAGCAAAGAAAUUAUUAUAAACGAUACGAACGAUAUAAAAAAAGAAAAUACGAUAGAAAAUAUCGAUGACAAUAAUAAUGAUUUAAUUGAUUCUUUUAAAAAAGGAACAUUAUUAUUAAAAUUUAAGAAUUUAAAAAAAAGUGCAUCAAACAUUGUUUUAAAUAAUUCCUUAGUGAAAUCAUUUAGUAUCAGCAAUCAAAGAAAUAUUCUUCCAAAAAUUUGUUCUACUAGUAGAAAUGAAACCACUGAAAGUAUUUUCAACACAAAUGAAAACAAAACUGAAAAAAAAAAAUUGCACAUUAUAAACGUUGAAACACAAAAAAACGGAAGUGUAUUAAAUAGAGAAAAAUUGCCAUUUAAAUCAUCUUCUAAUAAUAGGACAAAUGAUGUAAAAAAAAAUAAUAGUAUACUUAUAGGAAAUAAAGAAACAAGUUCAUGUAAUAAGACAUUACGCUAUUUAUUAUAUAAUACAUGCUCUAGUGAAAAUAAGGUUGAUUUUUCUAAAUGUAAAGAGAAAGCAUCUAAUCAUGGUGAUAUAAUUAGCUGUAUGUUUCAAAAUGCGCAAAACCCAUGUAUCCAAGGUAAAACCAGAAGUGGUAGUAGUGUGCCCAGUAUUUCAUCACGAAAUAAAGUUAAUUUAGAUAAAAAAAAAUCAUUUACAAAUACUGCAAAAAUAGUAGAUGUGAUUAUCAAAAAAAAAGAGAAUAGAAAUAAUGAUAAAAUUAGUAAUAAGGUGGACAUAGGAAAUACACAGGUUUCUAUAGAAUGA